UGAUUGGUUAGCGCUAUGUUCUCGCGAUAUUACCCAACCAAUCAUACAGCAGUAAGCGCCAACUCAAAUCAAAUACUUUCUCCUGAGGAGGAAGAGCGGCGUGUUUUUGCUCAGAUCCUGGUGGUGAACAGCUGCGCUAAACAACCGCUGGAAGGCCACAUAAUGGAACCUGUUACGAUUUCACGGCGAAACCAAUCCAGUAAGAAAGGAAACAAGGAGAACACUGAGCCUCCAACUGGAGCCAAGUCAUUCAUUAAAACAGGCAAAUCAUCAGUGGUGCCAUUCCAGCCCAGAGGCAACAAGAAAGAGGAUGCAUUGAAUAAGAAUGAUCUUCUCAAAGGAAAGAGUAAACCGAUGGAUAGGAAGGCAGCGUCUGCAGUGGUUCCAACUAAAGCACAAACGCUCAGACCCGCUGAGGCUCCGAAGCCACCAUCAAAACCUGCUCCAGGGAUGUACAAAGGCAGGAUCGUUCAGUCAAAAAUCGGCUCCAUUUGGAAGUCCAGUGAUACUCUGAAUGCAGCAGCAGCUGCACCCAAACCAGAGAGCGAAAAGGUCAGAGACACGGCCAAAAAGAACCGCUCUAGAUCCGUAGCUGAGGCUCCAAGGCAAGUCCCCAACAGGCAGGUGCCAAUGAGGUCCAAGUCUGUUACUGAUAAACCCCAUCAGGUGAGCAGGCCUGCUGUCGGCGCCCUCCGUCCUGCUGGAUUCUGCUCCACACGGCCUCCUACUAGAACCAUCCCUGCUGUGGCUUCCACCAAACCGGGAGGGAAUCAGAACACAAAGCCAAAGGUUCCGGCGACUGAGAAGAAAGCCUUUAAACCUGCGGUCUCCAGCACGCUGAGUCAGUACAGAGCCACCAUGGAGACGGCCGAGGAAAAAAGAGCAAAGCUGGCCGAGUGGCUGGCCUCCAAGGGCAAGACCCUAAAAAGACCUGCCAUGACAACCGUAGCUCCUCCAAAAACUAAGCUUUCCACCAAAGCUACAGUGGGUCCAAAGGUUCUGGGCGGCGUUGAGCUGCAGCUCGCCGCACCGUGUAAAGCUGAACCUGAUCCAAGCCUGAAGACGCAGGAUCGGGCGCCUGACAUCGAAGCUCCCUCUGAGGAAGUUAUCAGAACAGCAUCUCCAGGGAUCGUGAACACCACGCUGGAUCUGCUGGACGACUCGGAUCAGACAGAGUCUCAGGGCAGAGUAGACGAUAUUGUUCUGAACCUCUGUGACGCCCUGGAGGCCAUGGUGACUCCAUCCAGAAGCAGCGAUGAUGCUGAGCUAAAGAGCGACCAAUCAGAAGGACGUGGAAGUGAAGAGAUUAAGGCUGAGCCGGCCGAAGAGGCGGAAAUCGGAGACCUGAAAGUGAAGCAGGAAGAUGAGGAAAGUGAUGAGGAGGAUGUGAUGGAGACCACGCCACCAGCUGAUGCUUCAAUCAUCAAAUACAGCGUGAAAACGACUCCAUAUCUGCAAAGUGUCAAAAAAACCAUUGAAGGCGAGGCCAGCACGUCGCGGAGAAAGGGCAACAUCAAAGACCUGAAGUUUCUGACACCCGUGCGCCGCUCCAACCGCAUCCAGCGAAUCUCCUCCCACCUGCCCUCCAUGCUCACAGACCACGACCCCUGCGUGUCGUCUCUGGCCGAGCUGGUGAAGCUGGACGAAGAUCCUAACGCCUACAUCUACAGGAAGAACCCGGCUCUGCUGCAGGAGCUGCCAGACCAGCAUUAAAUUCAUCUACCGGAUUUCCAACCUAAAUGUAAAGGACUUCCGCUUUUGCACACUAAACAUGGACGUUAUUUUACUAACCUCAAGUUUCAAUGAGAAACUUUAUUUUAUUGUUAUGAGACUUUGAGUUUAAGCAUGAUGCAAUCUUUAAAUGUAAAGCACUACUCCUGUGUUCAUGAUUAAAUGUUUUAGGAAGACUCUAAGAUGACUUUAAUGCACACUAAGCUAAACCUGUCAGGAUGUGGGUCCUGCUCAGACUCUGAAAUAAAAACCAGCAUCAGUUAAACAGUUCAAUCAAUCCCAGUUUAAUUGAUUACACAGUAAAAAAAAAUCCAAAGCACUCUUUAUUGAACACUGCUUUCAGUUACAAACCCACUGGAAAAUUAGACUUCCUGGUAUCAGCCUGGAUGUUGUGAAACCAGCUUCCUCUGAAGAUGGACAUUUAGAAACAAAUUAACCCCCAAAACAAACGGAAAAAAACCCAAAUCACUUUACUGCAGUUUCCUCCCCUAAA